AUGGCAACUACUAAUCAUUCCAAUUCAUCGCAAUCUCCCACAGAUAUUUCUAAUGGUACUGUUCUAAGCAACAACAACAAUAUUAUUAAUAAUAAUGGUAAUGGCAAUGGUAAUCUCCGAUCUAAAUCAUCUACUGCUACUACUAAAGGUUCGUCAAGAGCUCAUUUGGAUCGAAUGAUUCAAUUGAGAAAUAGUAAGAUUAUAGAAUUAUAUUGCGUUUCUCGACUGAGUGAUUUAUUAAAUAUUAAGGAUUCGAAAGCUUUAAAUAGUGAUAUGAAUGAGUGUUUGAAUAAAAAUGAUAUUAUGAAGAAUAUUAGAUUCCAAAUUGAAAGUUUACCUAAAGUAAAUUAUUUCAAUUAUCCAAAUCCUUCACCAUCUUUAUCAAAUGUUUCAAAUUCAUUAUAUCCAAGAAAGAGUCUUAGUACAGGUAAUAUUACUAAAAAAAAUAUUACUUCUAAUACUACAACUACUGGAAAUAAGAGUAGGAAACGUUCUUCGAUUGCAUUGGCUGUAUCAACAGCAUCUUCUCCAACACCUACAACCGUGUCACAUCAAAUACUUGAAAAGAAUGAAACACAUUCAGAUUUAGUUAAUUUCUCAAAAUCAUCAGAUGAUGUGAUAAAUAAAUCUAUUAUAUCAACAUCACCAUCAUCUUUAAAGAGGAAAAAUAGUGCAUCAGAGACAAAAGAUAUUACUACUACUGAUAAUAAAAAUGAUAAUAAUAAUAAAGAUGAUGAUGAGGUAUUGAUAAAGAAACAAAAGAGAGACUCCUCAAAAACUAACGAUAAACAAAGAUUACUUCCCACUCUACAAAACAAUAAUCCACCAAGUUCUGCUGUGGUAGCUGCUAUUGCAGCUGCAAAACAGGCACGUAGCAAUUAUUAUUCAAACUUAUAUAUUCCACCAUUAAAACCAACACCAGUAGAGACUAAACCACAAUAUGAAGACUCUGUCUCAAAUAAAUUAAGGGAACCAAAGACUAACUCAUCAAAUUUUUAUAAGAGUGAAGAUAUCAAUGUCAAGGAUAUAGUAUAUUUAAUGACAAAGGAUCAAGUACCUUCAAAGAUUCCACAUUCUAUCCCAUUGGCAGAAUUAAAAUAUAUGGCACAAACUUUACCAUUAAUUGAUUUGGUCCCUAGAGCUCAUAAAGUACUCACAACAGAUAUAAUAAAUAAUGCUUUGAAUGAAGCAAGAGUUACUGUAGUUGGUUCUAGAAUUGAAGAAUUAAGAAGAUUAUCAUUAUGGUGUUUAAGACAACCAAAAUUAUUUAUUGAUCCUUGGAAUAAUGAUCAUACACAUUAUACUCGUCUAUUAGAAGAAGCUAAAUGGAUGCAAGCUGAUUUUAAAGAAGGUAAAAAUUAUAGAAUUGCCGCAUGUGUAACUUUAGCUCAAGCGGUUAUGGAUUACUGGACAUAUGGAAAAGUGUGUUGUAUAAAGAGAAAACCAAUUGUACAUCUAUCAGAUACUGCAAAUGCAAUAAAGGAAGAAACAGAUACAUCAACUCCUACACCAGAAACUUCUGCAGCAGAGUCAAAUCCGACAGUUUUAUUCUCAUCAGUGGUUUCACCAAUAAUAGAAGAUGACAAACCAGGCGAAACAGUUGCUGAUACAGAUAACAAUUUGAUUGAGAAAACAGAAGAAAUUGAAACGGAAGCAUCUGUACCUAGAAUAAGUAAUUCAGAAGCUGAACCAAUUGUAGAUAUUGCACCUUUAACUUUAACUGAAUCAAAUGUUGAUACAAAUGUUGACGAAAGUCUUGAAACUUUAACAUCAGAUGUAAAUGAAAAAUCAGAUAUCUCUACAGAAAAAAUUAAUGUUGUAGUUACUUCUGAUGAUAAGCGUGAUGGUAUGACUUCUGAAACAAAAGAGGAAGAAAAUGGUAAUGAUAAUUUAGAACAGGCACAAAUAAGUAAUACAGAAAAGAAAUUAGGCAAUGUUGAUCCUGAAUCAGUUUCUCAAAAUGUCACAGAACCACCAAAGCAAGUCAUUAAUCCAAACUUAUUAAAUGUGGCACCUGAUUGUGCUGCAGAAAUAAGCCAAUUAUCGAUAGUUUCAGAGACCUCUACCCAAGAUGAUAAAGACAUUCGUAGUAAAGAGAUGUAUCCUUUCAAAUUAUAUAUCUCAAUGGAUGAUUUAACAACUGCUGAACGUAACUUAACUAAAGAAAUACCAAUUUAUAUGGGGAUUGAUAAAGAAAAUGAUAGACCUAAUAGAAAAGAUACGCCGUUUGUUCCGAUUUCUAAAUCAAUGAUGACUCUAGAUGAUGAUCAUUUUUUUAAAGUAAUCGAAAAACAGGUGAUGAAUGACGAGCAAUCUUUGAACCAACUAAGCAAAAGAAGAGGCAUGUUUUAUGCGAACAGAAGAAAUCAUUAUUUGAGACCGCCAGCUGUUCCAUCAUUAAGAUAUUUGAGAAACAGAACACCUACAAUUUGGCUUCCAGAAGAUGAUAAAGAAUUGGUUAAGAAUAUUAAUGCCUACUCGUAUAAUUGGGAAUUAAUUAGUUCUCAAAUGAUACAUAGACCGACAAGAUCUUAUCUGUCCAAUAUUGAAAUUAGAACGCCUUGGCAAUGUUUUGAAAGAUUUGUUCAAUUGAACGAACGUUUCACUUUUAAUGACAUGAAAGGUCCUAGAGCACAUAGUGCACAACAAUGGCUAAUUGAAGCACAUAAAUUUCAACAGAGACAAAAUAGAAGGAUUUCUCCUCUUGGUGUCGGCGAAGAAUCGAUACAAAGAGGUCAUAAGAGAUUAAGAUGGGCAAGCAUGUUUGAAGUGAUGAGAAAAACAAUUAAGAAGAGAGAGAACGCUCCAAAACCAAACAAAUCGCAACCUAGAAAGCCAUUGGAUACAAAAAAUAUGAAAAUUCCUACACCAGCUGAGAUGUCGCAAUUGAAAGCUCAAAGAGACGAAGCUUUACGUAGAGACGUUCAGUUUAGAAGAAAUGUUAAGAACAGAACCCAACAAAAACAAUUUUUAGCUGCACAACAAGCGCAACUUCAAAGAGAAAAGGUAGGUUCGAGACCUCCUAAUGGGGGGAGUGCUAAAGAUCCUUCUUCUGAACAAUCUACCGGAAAACCUAUUUCAGAUUCUAGAAUAUCUAAUUCCAUACCUCCUAUUGAUAAAAAUAAUCCUGAAAUGAUACUUAUUUUAAAUUAUACAAAAAAAAUCUUAGCUCAGAAUCCAGAACUUCCACCAGGUAUGGCAUGGAAGACUGCCGAAAAUUAUGUCAAAAAGGUCAAAGAACAGCAAAUGCAUUUGAAGCAACAGCAACAGCAACAGCAACAGCAACAAUCGGAACAAUCGGAACAAGUAAAAACACCUCUACAGCCAAAGCAGCAGCAACAACGACAUGUUGUUCAACCACAGGUUCCUUCUCCAGGGAAUUCAUCUGCUGCAACAACACAAAAUACCUUGAGUAGUCCUUCUAUUCAACAAGGACAUUUACAACCACCAACUAUGGGUGGUUCUAAUAAUGCCAAUUCAACAAAAAUAAAGUCGCCCACCCCAUCUGAAAUUUUACAGAGAUUCCAGAAAUAG